ACUUUACUUCUCAGUCCAGCUGAUAUGUCCUCAGAUAAACAUCAGUUUGUUUAGAAUGGAGUAAACCUCUCUCUCUCUCUCUCAGAGCAGCAUUAGAUGCCUGGGUGUCAGCCUCUCUACUGUCAGUUCGUCGUCUUUAUCAGAGAUGGAGAAUGGAGGUGAGGACACGGAGUCUCUGUGGGAGUCAGUGGAGAGUAACCGCUACAUCUUAAGUCGCUACAUCUCGCCUGGUAAACUGACUCCCUACCUGCGCCAAUGUAAGGUUCUAGACGAACAGGACGAAGAUGAGGUCUUAAACUCACUACUACUGGUCUCUAAGGUCAACCGCACAGGUCGUCUGUUAGACAUUCUUCAUGGUAAAGGAGAGCGAGGUUAUGUGGUUUUUCUGGAGAGUCUGGAGUUCUAUUAUCCUGACCUGUACAAGCUGGUGACUGGCAAGGAGCCCACCAGACGCUUCUCCACUAUCGUUGUGGAGGAGGGUCAUGAAGGGUUAACCCAGUUCCUGAUGAAUGAAGUCAUCAAGCUUCAGCAGCAGGCCAAAGCUAAAGAUGUCCAGAGAGUUGACCUCAUUGGGAAACAGCGCACCCUGGAGGAUGAACAGAAAAAACUACGCCUGACCAACCAGGAACUAUCAGCCUUCCAGCAGAGUAAUAACAUUAUUAUUAUUAGACAACACCUCCUCUGUUGA